AUGACUUCCCACUAUCAUAUGAUCCAUACAGGGCUCAGCAAUAGGAAGGCUGGUAUCCUGGUUAUGAUACAUAAGAGCCUGGUUUCCUCGUCGUCCAUCAGAAUCACUGCUCCUAUCCCGGGGCGCCUUAUCUUGGUGCGGCUGGAAACCUCCCCGGCAAUCUGCAUCAUAGGCACAUACCAACAUGUGUGGUCGGAAGUGAAAGGAGCCGUAGAAUGCGAGGCAGAACGAGAAGUCUUCUGGACCCGUCUGAACGAAUUGGUGCGAGGAACCCCGUGGCGCUGCCAGCUGGUGCUGGCUGGUGACUUCAACACCCCCUGCCAGGAACAGGCCCCUCAUGUAGGCACCGGACUAGCUUCUGUCACAGGGGCUGUUAGACAAAAGGACCAACACAGGCUUCAGCAGCUCAUUGUGAGCCACAACUUAGUGGCCUUGAACACAUGGGGUCGGAGAAGCUACAGCCACACAUACCAAUUUGAUCAUGCAGGGGGUCAGCAUCGUACCCAAAUCGACUUUAUUCUGUGCAGAGCCCAUCAUGGUGACCCCCUCGCCAAAGGAGCUCGCACGAUACGGGCUCCAUUCGUGCCGGACAAGGGCAUGCGACACUUUCCGAUCCUUGCCUCCCUGCCGAAGCCUCAGCCGCCCAGGCAGAGCCGUGCCGGGCAAUCCUCCGUAGGGGCCAAGGAGGUUAUGCAGCACCUACAAGGUCAGCCAGAUCUUGCGGUUGGACUGGUGCGACAACUUUGGGCACUACGUCGACAGAGGUUCGGAAUCUCAUUGCAAGUGGCUCCUCUUCUCUGCCUCAGAG